CUCUCUCUCUCUCUCUCUCUCUCUCUCUCUCUCUCUCUCUCUCUCGCUCUGCCCGUCCGUUCCUCCCUCUCUCUCCCCUUCACUCCCUCCCUGGUACCCUUUCACACGCACAAAAUCCUCUGUCAUGGCGUCUUCCAACCAUGUUACCCCCACUAACUGUAGCUGGUGGCCCAUCUCUGCCAUGGAAGAAGAUGGCAAAGACACAGACGGAGAGGAGAACCAAGAGCCUACGAUAGAACCCAAGCCCUUCUCCAAAGAUAGGCUCGUGUUAUAUCACUGGACGCAGUCCUUCAGCUCUCAAAAGGUGCGUCUGGUGAUUAAUGAGAAGGGGCUGCUGUGUGAGGAGCGGGACGUCAGCCUGCCCCUGAGCGAGGCCAAGGAGCCCUGGUUCAUGCGCCUCAACCUGGGGGAGGAGGUGCCCGUCUUCAUCCACGGAGACACCAUCGUCAGCGACUACAACCAGAUCAUCGACUACUUAGAAGCCAACUUCACUGGAGAGACGGUGGCCCAGCUGGUCCCAGAUGCAGAGAGCCCCGUGUACGAACGCGUGCAGCAAUACCGCCACCUGCUGGACGGGCUGCCCAUGGACGCCUACACACACGGCUGCAUCCUGCACCCGGAACUCACCACAGACUCCAUGAUCCCCAAGUAUGCCACAGCAGAGAUCCGCCGACAUCUAGCUAAUGCUGCAUCAGAGCUCAUGAAACUGGACCAUGAAGAGCCCCAGCUGACGGAACCUUACCUGUCCAAACAGAAGAAACUUAUGGCAAAGAUCUUGGACCAUGACAAUGUGAACUCCGUGAAGAAGAUUUUGGGCGAACUAAUAAUGGUACUAGAUCAGGUGGAAGCAGAGUUGGAGAAGAGAAAACUGGAAUAUGAAGGUCAGAAGGAGUUAUGGCUGUGUGGACCAGACUUCACGCUGGCGGACGUGUGUUUGGGAGCGACCCUGCACCGCCUCAAGUUCUUGGGACUCUCUAAGAAAUACUGGGAGGACGGGAGCCGACCCAACAUCCAGUCAUUUUUCGAGCGUGUGCAGAAACGCUACGCCUUCCGGAAGGUCUUGGGAGACAUCCACACCACCCUCCUCUCGGCGGUGCUACCCAACGCCUUCCGCAUGGUCAAAAAGAAGCCACCCUCCUUCUUUGGGGCAUCCUUCCUCAUGGGGUCUCUAGGCGGUAUGGGGUACUUUGCCUACUGGUUUUUAAAAAAGAAAUAUAUGUAGUGAAUGCCUCCCUCCCCUUCCCCUUUGUCUUAAGUGUCUGUGUAAUUUGUGUGAUGUUUCAUUUUUUUCUGUAGCUUCGUUUUAUAACAGCAGGAAUACUCACAAGAGAAUUUAAGAACAUUCCAAGGCAGGGAGUUCUUCGUCCGACAGCACGUUUCCAGUUUAUCAAUGCCUUCAUACUGGUCUUUCUUUCAGGUAAUUAUUGGUUUCGGAUUUUAUUUGGGUUUUUUCCCCGUUGGUAUUUGAUUUGGAUCACUGAAGGUAUAUAUCUACGUAUAUGAGUAUCGCCAAGACAAAUAUUCAUAACUGUUUUACGGAUUAUGUU